CACAAUGACUGAAAUUGAGGGAGUCCCAUGAGAGACGGAGUGAGCUCUCAACUUUUGUUUUCUUUCUUCUUUUUUAUUUUUUUUUUUAUUUUUUUAUUUAGCUGCUGAUCCUGCUGGAAUGAGUGUGUGCUGCCUAAUUUGGCUCUAGCAGAUUCUCAGCUAAGGUCCGACAUCUGGAAGAACCCAAAUAACCUGCAGAUGGAAACCUGAAUGAAGAAGUUCUCCUUUGUCUCCCUGGAUAUUUUUCAUUACUGACAGGAGAGCUUAAAUAGUGGGGCAACAUUGGAAGCCCUCUGAGAAAAGUCAUGGUUCACUCUCUGCACUGGCUGCUCCUGCUAUGGAGGCUUCAGGCUGUGUGGGCUCAAGAGUAUGAAGAAGAAUACGAAGAUGAAGUUGUGACCACAAGGAGGAAAAACAAACUCUUCACACCAAAUUCCAUACCACAGAAUGGCAAAUCUUCUGUCGAUGAAGACUGCAGUUUGGAGUUGGCCUUCCUGGUCGACAGCUCAGAGAGUGCCAAGGACAACCACGAACAGGAGAAACGUUUUGUUUCCGACGUAAUGGACCGACUGCAGGGCCUUCGGAUGGAGAGUGGCCGCGGACUCAGCUCCCGCGCUGCCCUCCUUCAGUACAGCAGCCAGGUCAAGAUAGAGCAGACCUUCAGAGACUGGAGGGGCAUUGAAAACUUCAAAGCCAGAGUCGCUCCCAUUCCGUACAUAGGCCACGGCACCUACACCACCUACGCCAUCACCAACCUGACGCGCAUUUACUUGGAGGAGUCGGGCACCAAAAGCGUCAAGGUGGCCGUCCUGCUCUUCGACGGCAUCUCGCACCCAAGGAACCCAAACAUAUUUGACGCUGUGGACGAUGCGAGGAACCAAGGCGUUCGGUUCUUCACAAUAGGAAUCACACCUGAAGCCAACGAAGCAGCCAACAUCGCACAGCUGCGUCGAAUCGCUAGUUCCCCAGCUACCCGCUACCUUCACAACUUGCAAGAUGUUGGCAUUGUGGAUAAAGUCAUCAAGGAGAUUAUGGCGCUGGCAGAAGAAGGUUGUCCACUCGAAUUGAACCCAUGCAAAUGUGAGAAAGGUGAGAGAGGACCCAGUGGCCCUGCGGGCAAGAAAGGACGUCCUGGAGAUGAUGGAAGCCCCGGCGCGAAAGGACAGAAGGGUGAAAGUGGUCUCAGUGGACUUCCAGGCCGCGAAGGAGCUGAGGGUAAAUCAGGAUACAAAGGAGAGAAGGGAGAGAGAGGAGAGUGUGGCACACCAGGCGUUAAAGGAGACAGAGGCCCUGAAGGUGUUAUUGGUCCAAGAGGAAACCGUGGACUUCAGGGUUUGCCAGGUCAACCUGGUGAUGUGGGACCUGAAGGAAUCAUGGGCAAAAAAGGGGAGCGGGGGCUUCCAGGACCACCUGGAAUCCAAGGUGAGACAGGGAUCGGCCUUCCGGGACCAAAGGGGGAUGUCGGUUUCCAGGGGCAACCGGGGCCUCCCGGCCCUACGGGGAUCGGCGAGCCAGGACCACCGGGUCCUCAGGGGCCACAGGGAGUCCAAGGAGAGAGAGGACCGACGGGAGAAGGUAUCCCUGGCCCUAAGGGCGAGCGAGGCAUAGAGGGGCCACGGGGGCCCAGAGGACAGCUGGGCCUAGGAAUCAAAGGAGACAAGGGGGAUUUUGGCCCUCCAGGGUUUCCAGGGCCCCUGGGCCUUCCAGGUCUAGGCAUCCAAGGAGAAAAGGGAACAGAGGGCCCCAGGGGGCCACCUGGAAUAAGAGGCCAACCGGGAGAGGGCUUUCCUGGACCCAAGGGAGACCAAGGGCUGCCAGGAGAAGUGGGGGCUCCAGGAGAAAGAGGAGCUGGUGAGCCCGGUGCCAAGGGUGAACCAGGAUCACCAGGACUGUCAGGUUUGCCUGGACUUCCUGGAGAGGACGGCGCUCCAGGACAAAAGGGCGAACCAGGAGCCAUUGGUCUUAGAGGUCCAGAAGGCACGCCGGGGAUUGGCACUCAGGGAGAAAAGGGUGACCAAGGCCAAAGAGGAAUAAGAGGGUUGACAGGUCCGCCUGGCAUAGCUGGACCCUCUGGACCAAAGGGAGAACCAGGGUCACAGGGACGGCCCGGUUCCGCCGGACCACCGGGACGUUUCAUCACCGGACCCAAAGGCGAUCCUGGACCAGGUGGACCUCCUGGUCCAAUCGGCGAGACUGGCUUUGGACUGCCUGGCCCAAAGGGCGAUCGAGGUGACCCGGGCCCCACAGGUCCAUUUGGCCCCAAGGGAGACGGCUACCCUGGCCCCAUGGGUCCUCCUGGUCUGCCGGGGCUUCCUGGAGAACCGGGGCCAGAGGGCGUGGGCAUCCCGGGACCAAAGGGUGACAGUGGAUUCCGAGGGCUUCCAGGUUUACCCGGACCCCCAGGGGAAGGCAUCCAGGGACCUCCGGGUAACCCUGGGCGACCAGGUCCACCUGGCCCAACAGGGCCACAGGGACUAGGACUUCAAGGCCCCAAGGGCGAACAGGGGGCCCAGGGUGUGACAGGACCCAGAGGUGUACCUGGAGAGGGCUUUCCAGGAGCCAAAGGUGACCGGGGCUCGUCAGGAGAGAGGGGGCUUAAAGGAUUCAAGGGAGAAAUGGGAGAUUCGGGAAUCCCGGGGCAACCUGGUCUUCCGGGCAUAAAAGGGGAAGCAGGCCUCACUAGAGAGGACAUCAUUCGAAUGAUCAAAGAAAUCUGUGGAUGUGGGAUCAAGUGCAAGGAGAGGCCCAUGGAGUUGGUGUUUGUCAUCGACAGCUCAGAGAGCGUGGGGCCCGAUAACUUUGAGAUCAUCAAACGUUUCGUGACCACCUUGGUGGAUCGGGUCACGGUAGGCCGCAACGCCACGAGGAUCGGUUUGAUAUUGUACAGCUUGGAGGUCAAAUUGGUGUUCAACUUGGCCCGCUACAACACCAAAGAGGACAUCAAGGAGGCCAUCAGGAACAUCCCGUACAUGGGUGAGGGCACCUACACCGGCACAGCCAUCCGGAGAGCCACACAGGAGGCCUUCUAUAGCUCCCGCAUCGGCGUCAGCAAGGUGGCCAUCGUGAUUACUGAUGGGCAGACGGACAAACGGGAGCCAGUCAAGCUGGACAUAGCCGUGCGGGAAGCCCACGCUGCCAACAUCGAGAUGUUCGCCCUGGGGAUUGUGAACACGUCGGAUCCAACGCAGGCCGACUUCCUGAAAGAGCUGAACCUGAUUGCGUCGGACCCGGACAGCGAGCAUAUGUUCCUGAUCGAUGACUUCAACACUUUGCCAGCUCUCGAGUCCAAGCUGGUCAGUCAGUUCUGUGAGGACGAAAACGGGGCCCUGAUAUACAACCGGAUAACAAACGGCUACAACGGAAACAACGGCUACAACGGCAACAGGAUCACUGGGAGCUACGCCACCGGUGGCUAUGGUUACAGGCCCGUAACUCAGCAGGACCAUCUCAGCGGCCAGCAGGCUGGUGCUGGCACCAACAGCCAUGGCAGUAAAGGAUCCAGCACUGUUCAUGGUGGAGGAGGGCAGCGUGUAACCACGGUGAUAACCUCCUCAGGAAGAGAACGCGGGGACACGUUUAACCGUGGCACCUCCGACUACAAGACUCCGCCUCCUGCCAGAGGGGGCUCAUCUUCCUCAUCUUCAUCUUCUACAAACAUAAGCAUAUCAUCCUCAGGUGUUUCUGUGCCGUACGUUCCCCCGCCGAGGCCAGCUCUGCCCAAAGAGACCGUACCCCUGGACCCUCGCUGCGAGCUGGUUCUGGACCAGGGAACAUGUCGAGAAUAUAACAUUCGCUGGUACUACGACAAGCAGGCCAACGCUUGCGCCCAGUUCUGGUACGGAGGCUGCGGCGGCAACGGGAACCGCUUCGACACCGAGGAUGAGUGUAAGAGAACAUGUGUGGUCUCCAGAGUCGCAGGAGGCUGAGCGAAGGCAUCUUCUUCUUCUUCUUCUUCUUCAAUUUUCCACCAGAUUGCAGAAAGUUGGGUCAAACUUUCUCAGGCAAAACCCACACACACGUUUUGUGUGUGUGUGUGUGUGUGUGAUAUUUUACAACUUAUCACAAAAAUAAUUUUGUAAAAAAAAAUGUGUUAUAGACAUUUUCAUGUUUUUUUGUUGUUUUCUUGGUGAUCAUUUCUACUCAGGUGUACAGACAAGCUCUCACCUACACUUCAUUAUGUUUUUUUCCCCCCUCAUACUCAGUGAGUGCUGUGAAGAUAGUGAAAAAAAAAAAAACUGUAUGCACAACAUGGACAAUCAUAGCUCUGCAACUUAACAAGCAGCAUCAGUGAAUCAGUACGGUGUAAGUACUUCUAUUUAAGUUCUCACAGUCAGAGGCAGUAAGUGAGGUUUGCAUUUUCAGUCUUUUAAGCCACAUUACGCUGAUUCACAUAUCACUAAGAUCUAGAAAAAGACACUUUAGUACACAUUUGAAUCCUGGUUUUUUUUUUUUUUUUUUUUUUUGGGGGGGGGUGUUAAUUUUUAAAAACUAAAACUUGGUGUGCAAAUUUGCUAAAAUUUUGGAUCCUCUUUCACCAUAUGCAAGUAUACAUAUAAAUUCAAUCCAUAUUAAUGUUUGAAUGUAUGCCCUUUAGCAAGUUACACAGGAACCAUUUGUUUUGUCCACACAAAACCGAAUGCAGAACUUAAAUUAAAACAUGUAUUAAAGAGACAGUAUUAUGUAAAAUCAACUUUUUGCAGCUUUACACGAUGUUAGGAUGUUAUUCCCUUAUCAAAAACACACCUGGAGUGAUGCUUUGAUUCUUUCAUGCGUGUUUGAGAGAGCCUGUAGUCUCCCAUGGCAACUGUUCAGCUGUAUAAAACACCCGGUUGGACGUAGCUCCUCCUUCGAGACUCAAAUUCUGAGCUUCUGCAUUACAGAGUAAAAUAUUUUACAUUAAUCUAGUUCAUAACUUUAACUAAAAAAAUAAUAAUCUAAAGCAAAAUCUUUUAAAACUCAUGGCAAACUAAAAGAACAUGAGACGGUUGAAGACUUUUUCACUGACGUUCAAACAUUAUAAAUAACUUUCUCUUUGUGAAAUAAUUGUGUACAAUUGUUUGUUUUUGAUAAUAUAAAAUGUGACUUUUUUUAGUUUUUCUUCAUCCUUUCUUCCACUUGAGGUAAAGGGUUAAACUGACGCACAUAUCGCCCUCUACUGGGCAACAUGUGCUCAUGCCUCUGAAUUUGAAGCUUCAAGUUCAGUAGGAGGCUGUUUUGUUUUUGUAAUACCCAGAUGUACUGAACGCAGAAAUGCAUACUUUACUGUACUGUGUAAUGUUUGGUUACAAGUGUUGACCAUUGAAAUAAAUAAGAUAUUAAUUAAAAUAUGUGAAAUGCUCAUUAAUGAUUAAUAUUUCAGGUGGCGGAAUGAAUUUUGUGAUUAAAAUUCAUAUUAAUAUAGCAUCCACCCUUCCUGCAACAAUGGCCUUUACAUUUAAAAUAAUGAGAAUUUAGUUUUUUCACUUAAAUAUGCAAUGAAAUAAUUUAGAUCAAAGCACAUUCAUGUGUUACAAUGGCCUAGUCAAAGUCCUGAUUGAAAUUCAAUUAAAGAUCUACGUUUAAUCUGACGGAGCUGGAGCCAAUAAACUGAAAACCAUCUAAUUCCUUCCACGUUACAAAUUAAAAUGUACAACUUUCUGUCAUACAAAAUCCCUGUUAAACACAUGGAAACUGUGUGAAUACUUUUUCAAAUCAGUGUAAAGUGCAACACAAUCUAAUUUUUCCUAAAUAUCACUGUAGCUUUAAGGAAGCAGCAGAGCUCUCUUACGCACAUCAGCUCUCUCCCCUUCUGCUUAAAUUACAUUUUAGCGACUCCUCGACAUGUGGCGCAGUCUGAUCUAUCUUUAGUGCCCGAGAAAUGUUGCCCAACUCCACGGCCUCUUCAAACUUCAUCAUCAGGCUGCAGAAAUAAGACCGAAUCAAAUAAGCGUCUAUCGAUCCAGACACAUUAAUUUAUGGCAUUUAUUAUCAUUUCACAGGGAAGACGUGGCUGCAAGCACCCGGACGUCAUUUAUGUCAGCAACGAAAGGAAACAUAUUUCUAAUUCUAAAAUGAAAAUCUCCGACUGCGUUGUUUUGAGACAUGCACACAGGAGA